AUGGGCACCAUGUACAGCACCAUGGCCACAAAGACGCACAGCGCGACGAACAACACCGCGGCGGCGUGGAGCGUCAGCGUGGGCACGACGAGGUCCGGGCGCCACGCGAGGAGGACCAGCACGGCGUGUGCCAUCGCGGUCGUCGUCGGUAGCAGCCAGUGGGGUUUCAGCCAGACAACAACCAUGAGUCUUGCUUGUCUUGUAUGCCAUGGCAUGAGCAGCCCCUCGCACUCUCUUCGAAGCUACUCAGUGUCAAGUUCAGAGGAGGAAAGCCGAUGUGGAGCUGCUGUUGCCUGCUUAGCUCGAAGAGUAACACCAGCUGGAACUUCUAGUGUUGGGACAUCAAAAGUGACCCCCUUUCCUCCCAUGGUGAGUGGUCAAGUUGGCACAGAGGGCACUCCUCGACUUCAACGCAGCCGUGCUGUGUCCAGGGACCUUGUUAGAGAUUGGAACUUCGAUGAAGUAAUUGUUGCAAAUUAG